AUGUUACCGAACGCAUCGUUAGCAUCGAUCGUCGACGAGGAAGUUAGUCUCGAUGGCCUCGAAGGGAGUACGCUGGACGCACUAUCGCAUCACAUUGCGCAAAGAUUGCGAAUGUCGGUGCCGAUGCCCCGCCGUGUAACGGACUCGCUGUGGUUGCUGAUCGUGCGCAACGCAGAGUUCGGGUUUUAUUUGCUCCCAACCGAACGGAAACCGCACAUUCACUUCGAUCGGUUCGCCUUAGUUGACCCGGAUACGGGCAUCCCACAGCAACCGGAUGAGUAUCCGGGCCACCGGUUCCGUUACAAUCUUAUCGAACAGGAUGGGGUGCGAGGCUCGUGCGAAGAGUUCGACACCCGUUCGGCGAUUCCACGAGAAGAGCUGCUGGCCGUCGGCUGGAAUGAAGCCGAAAACAGAUACGGUCGCAAGUUCGUGGUGGUGGCUUCGCAACGGUUGCGGGAAUCGUUUCUCAUUCCACCGAACUGUACACAUGAGCUGACCGGCAUCCAGUACUGUAUGCUCGAGUGGAUUGGUCGCGCGCGCUUCAACGGGGAAACGUCGCAGGGUCGCUUCUCGCUGCUGGAUGUGACGCGCGAAUCCAGCACACUGUUCUACAACCGGAAGGCGUUGUGCAGUGCCCGGCUGAUCACGCGCCAGAGUCUCUGCAUGCGCACGAAGGAAGCCGGCAGCGUCCAGGGUAUGGUGUUCCACCUGCCGCGCUACUAUCGCGAAAUGAAACCGAAACAGCUGCUUAUCGUCGAGCGCGUGGUCUGCGAACUGCGCAAGCGGAAGCACUACAUGGCCGAUUACGAGGAAAUUAAGCACCUGGUGCUGGGCAAGGCUGAGGCGAAAAAGGUGUUCCGCACACCAGAGUUUCUGCGGUAUGUGCGCAUCGACGAGAUGGUCCCGUACCGGACGCUCUACCCGGAUGCACCGUCAACCAUGUGGAAGUCGAAGCGAGGCGACGAGAAAUCGGUCCGUGUGAUGCGACUAAUCGAUCCGGCCGCGGAUGUAUUCGAACUGUGGAGCCGUGAGGCCCAGGACGAUGAAGUUCGGGAUGGCUUCCUGUGUCGGUCCGACAGUAGUGCCCUCUAUGUCGAUGUGCCCAUGUUGCGGUUGGCCUACGAAACGAUCGCAAAGAGCGGCAAAAAGGGACUGUCGCAGUCAGAGCUGGGGUUCGCCCUCGGACUGGAUCGGCUGAACGCCCGGUGUAUAGUGCGCAAUCUGACCAAGCUGAAGGCAAUUGAAAGCCAAUCGGUCAACCAGGGACGCCAGCGUACGGCCAAAUUUUUUAUUUCCGGUCACUUGCCGAUGUCGAAUACUCUCGAAAAGGAACUGUCCCAGUUCGUUUCGAAUCAACUGAACGUGAUCGAAACCCAACGCCAACGAGAGCAGGUCCCCAGCGGUAAUGACCAGCCGCAACCAUCGACUUCGGCCGACGGUACACUGUUGACACCAAACAACAACCUCCUGGCGGAUGCGCAGGAACUGCCGGACCUUAAAUUCCCCCAAGAGGAGUACCCGUUCGAUGUGUCUCAACAAAAAGCUAUUGUGAGCGAAGUGACGUUCUCCAACAAGCUGCAGCUCAAGAAGCCCACCAAGGGCAUCACGAGCAGCUUCCGCUCCAUCAACGAGCGGCUGCUCGGGCGCUGCAACUUCAUCUUGGAACUCGUUAAGCGCGAGUACGCGAUGGAGCCGCGCAAGAUUGUGAAUCGCCUCAAUGAGUACGAGCUGGACGACGGGUACUUGCACAGGGCGUGCAGCAAAUCGAUCAUGCGCCUAAUCGCGCGCCUCGUCGAUGAUCGGCUGCUGGUGAUCGCAAACGUGACGAUUCGUGGUGUGGGUACUCGCGAGCACCACCAAAUGCUGGUGUGCGAUCCGUCGGUCACAUCCAACCACCCGGCCAUGCAGCACAAGCUGGGCCAGUUGAAGGCCGAUUUUGCUCUCCGUACUAAUCGCGAAGAAUCGACAGCGAGUGAGGCGCAGUCGGCGGCCAAAGCGAAUCGUGACCCUCCGCGACCAUCUACCACGCGGGUGCGCGGGUAUCCAAAUUGUUUGGCCAAGUGCCUGCGGAUGAAACUGUUCCAUGAGUACAUCUUCUACCUUGCCUACAUCCAUUCGCCCGAUGCGCGCGAACUGACGCCCAGUGAGCUGACGGAGGUGGAUCUGUCGGAUCUCGAGCCGGACGAACGGUUGCCCGUGUACAGUAACACGAACGACUGGAAGAUGUUCGUGAAGCCACUGAGCACGUACGACACGUACGGCAGUGCGACGGGCUGGAUUCUGCUGAUGGACAUAACGGCUCGCAUGCCCAUGUGGAUAUUCUGUUCGAUCUGUACGUACGCGUUCUACACGAAGGAACUGGACUACUACCUCGAUCACCCGAUCCGGCGCUAUCUGCCCGUAAAGCAUCUGCCGGACGCAAUCCGGACGCAAAUUUUGUCCAGCCGUCGUCACGCGCGCCUGAUAUUCGAAAUCACGAAACUACUGUGUUGGGCCGGACUGGUGCAGAUUGGUCCGCGGGUUCUGAAGGCACGCGAUCAAACGUUCGUAUACGUGCGGCGCACCGCGGCCUUCCUCGAUACGUCCCCAUCGUGUGCGGGCUACAUUGAGAUCGAAGAUCGCUCGUACGAGCAACUGACGUUCCACUUCGCAACGCUCGCCGAUGUCCAGGAAUACUGGAGCCGCCUUUAUGAAGUGACGAGCCACACACGGCUCAACAUGCGCAGCACUGCCUUCGGCCGUGAGCUGUUAGUGCAGAAAGUGUUUGCGAAGCCUGCGAUGCAGGCCGCAAUCGCUGCCUGUACGAUGGGGUCCGCUCUCGCGAACGAUCGUGGCCAGCUACCGCCCGGUGAUCGGCGAGGUGCGGCCGGUAUGGACUCCGGCAUGUUCAUGCACCUUCACUCGAACUGGCACAAAUCGAUCAAUCUGGGCCUUCCGCUCGAUAAGCACCGGCUGAAGGUGGUGCGAAAAGCCAUCCGUACGAAGCCUUUCGGUGGUGGUGGCGGUGCGGUUGUAGCAAGCGGCAGCAAAACGACCGACAAGCGGCUUACGCUUCGAAAAGGUGGACGCACGAUCGGCGGCGGGGUGCCGUUGGUUCCGAUAGUGAAACCCACAGGGCGCCGGAGACAGAUUACUCGGCGUGUGCUGAAACCGUGCCACAGACGGUCGGCGCGCGAACGCUACGACGAAAUCGAUCUGCGUGCCCUGAAGCAGAUGAACAAACUGCGCGUGAAGUGGUCCCGCAGCGAGGAUCAGCUGUUGAUGAUCUGUCGGGUGGCGCUCAUGUACAUGUACAGUCCAGCGGUGCGAUCGGUUCCCACAGUGAAAUCGACGACGCUGCGCGACAUUCUGCACUGGUCGUCGGCGCGGUCGCACAACAAAACCUCGCACGCGUGCACCCGCCGGCUGAACUAUAUGACCCGCAAGUUGCCCGGCGUGGCGGAGCAGUUGCGCAUGCAGGUCGAGGAAAGCAAACUGAACCCCCUCGUGGCGGGGCGCUUCGGGGCCGGGUUUGUGGCAAAGUUGCGCCAGUACUUCCCACGGGCCGACGAUCACGUGCUCGCGGUACGGAUCCACUUCGUUCAGCUGGUGGCGCUACUGCGGAGCACGCUUUCCAAAAGCUGCACCAGCGAUGACCACUUCCAACUGGCGCCGGUACGGGGUGCCGAACAGCAAUCGCAGCCGGGCAAGAAACACAGAACGGCAACGGAAAGUGAAAAGAAGAGCUCGAGAUUCCGGCUGCCAAGAACGAUCGGCGAGCUGUGCCGCCGUUACGACAUCAUCGAAACGUCCCACGGUGCCGGCAAGAAGCUCAGCUACGCCAAGGACCCUUCCAGCACGGACGAGCUGCAGUUGUACAAGUUCACGAUCGUGCUGCACAGUGCGAUCGCAAACGGGCGCGCAAAAAGCGACGAUCGGUUGCUCUACAUCUACAGCCAGUAUCCGGAGAACGUGCUGAUGCGCGCGAUGUCGAUGCUCCGCUCGAUGCAGCUCGUGUCGGUCACCAAGUGGGUGAAAGCAUCGAGCAAUGCCGUGCUGGGGAAUUUGAUGGCGCGCCAGGACAAACUGUGCCACGUGUCGAUCAGCUACCAGCAGCACCUGAUGACGGCGAUUCCUCUCGAAGCGUUCGUGCCACUGUUUGACCUGUACGUGCGGCUACUCGAGCGCGACGCACCGUACACGCUCGAGGACGGUACGGACGAUGGGUUGGUGUUGCUUCUGGGCGAGCUGAUGGCUACCGAGGGCGAUGACGGCCAGAGGCGAAUCGAGCUACGCAUCGAUCCGGCUGCGAACUACAUCGAGAUGAAUCCGGACGCGAAAGGGCGAUCGGACACCGGGGAAGAAGGCUCGCAAGCGCUGCCAACACUGUACGCCGAGAUGCUUCCACCUGCUCCGGUGGCCACGGCAAAGCAGAAGCAAAGGACUACAAGCCCCAGUCGGCGGUCGGAAAAGCGAUCCCAAGGGAAGAAGGUUACACCGUCACCGGUUUCGGUGGCAACCGCAACGGCUCAGUUACGGUUCGUUGCGAAGGCAGACGUAAUGUUCCACUACGUGGUACACCCGGCCGAGCGUUUGCUAAAGUUGCCGCUCGAGUACUUUCACUUCUUCUGCCUGCUCGAGCAGCUACGGUCGGCCGGUCGCCGGUUGUUGGCGCAAACGUUUAAGAUCGACGAACAGCGCACGGGACAGUGUUCGCUGCCGAACUGUCUGAUCGUCGGUGGCGGGGAUCUCGUAGAACGCUGCCUGACGCUGGCCCGCGAUCGGGAGGACCAACUCGAACGCAUCCGGCGGCACGACGGUGAGCGGGCAAAGCUUGCGCCCCGUUCGAACCGUACCGAUCCGGCCCUGCUGUUCGAUGUGCGCGAAGACAACCUGCUGCUCUUUUUCGGCAGGUACAUCACGGACUUUCAGCAACGGUACGGCGCACGGCACAAGCGGGACGUUAAUCGGCACCAGCAGGUGCUGGCAUCGCUGACGCGCCACACGGUCAAUAUGGCCGACCUGGUCGGGGAGUGCUUGCGGUUCGAUAGAGAAUCGCCCGACUAUCGAUGGCUGGACCGAAUCGCGGUCAGUGGAAAUCGCGCCGGGGACUACGAUGAUGGUGACGAUGACGGUGGUGAGGAAAUCGACCCAGAAGCGGCGACAUCCGGAGCAUCAGAAGCGCUCUCGGCUGGCACCGCGAUGGAUGACGAAUCAGGCGCUAGGGGUAUGUCCGGAGUUUCCGGCCGAAAGGCUGGGUCCAAGCGGAUCGGAAUGCUCAGUGCGCUCAGCGAGAAAGUGUACAAGUUGCACAACUUCUAUGAAGUCUCCUCGAAGAAGAUGCAUAUCCACGUCCACUGGCCACCCGGGGCCGACGUUGCGGAGCGUGAAUCGUACGGUCAAUCGAGUGUACCCAGGUGGUUCCUGCCGGGCGGAGCAAAGCGACGUCAACAGAUACUGUUCGCGCUGGAGAGUGAAGCGCUCUGGCCACCGGCCGAUAUGGUCGAACCGUUGAUGGCCGAUGCGACGGGGCUGAUCGCGCAGAAUCGUCAGGCGUGUGCCCUGCUUUCGUUCAUCGAGAGUAAACGAAACCUGGGCGCCACAAUCGGUGAGCUGGCGAACGUGUUCGCCAACGACGACCAUCACGAGCUCGGUCAGCAUUUGGGACGUCUGCGAAAUUUGAAGUUGGUGCUUCGGGCCGGCUUCCGCAGCAUCACGUACAUUCACUGGCGCUUCGUGGACGAAUGGUUAGUGAAAUCAUUCGUUGGGAUCGGUGACAGUGAUGAACCGACGGCGCCGCAGGCAGCUACGAGAGCCCCCGCCACCGAAGAAGCCAGCACUUCGCAAACGAAGGGUCAACGGAAGCGAAAACAUAAUCAGGAAACGACAUCCAAUAAGAAGCGGAAACAAAUGCCGUCGGAGAAUCAAAACGAAGAGUGCAAGGUUAAGGACGAAGCGUCUCAGACGGUGCCGAAACCGAAACAAACCGUGCUGGUAGUGAUGGCUCCAUGGAUUCAACUGAACGGCAUGAUCAACAAUCGGCUGCUGUACCGGUGGCUCACUUCGAUUCUACUUUACUGUGUGGCCCAUACGGGUAUACCGCUGAGCGCGCUAUUCCAGCGUUUCAACAUGAUGGCUCCGUUUCAUGUGCGCCAACUGCUGGAACUUCUCCAAGAGUACGGAUGUGUUACGUUACAGGCGCUGCGGUGUCAGGCGAAGAAAGCAUCUCUAUUUUCCAGCUUCAAACCGGCUACGCUCGUACCAGCAACGGAAUUUACGAGUGAUGACCAUUUGUUCGUAGAAACGACGGCCAACGCACUUAGCACGCUUGCUUUGUGUAUCGGCGAAUACCGGAAGUACGCGCAGGACAUUUUUGUAGACGCAGAAACGAGGAAAAAACGUAGAAGGCAUAGCAUCGAAGAAGCCGAGGGUGCAGCAUAA